GGGCGAACUUGAAAGGUGCUUGCAAGCUCUCGUAGUUGGAUACACACUCGUGGAUUCGUUUCUAAGGCCACGCUAUGCGCAGCAGCCGAAAGCAGCCCUUGCUACUGACUGUGAUGUGGCACCUGGGUUGGCACCUGGUGCCGCACCAGUUUGCACCCUGCCGCUGCCCGAUAUACAAGGCCGCCGUCGUACCAAACUGGGCCCAGUUCUCCGGACUCGAAUGGUACGAAGUGCUCAACAACCCCGGUCCUCUCGAAAAGUGCGUCGUGCGGAAGUACGACGUGGACAACCAAACCAUGAAAUGGAUAGAACAAGACGGGCCCUACGGCGACGUGGCUAGAACGAAGAAAUUUGACUUCGUGGUGGAAGGGACGCAGCAGUUUCUAAAGAAAGACAAAUCAUUCUUUCAGCAGAUUCUGGACACGGACUUCUAUACGUGGGCGCUGCUGCACAUAUGCUCCCAAGGAGACAGUAAGUCCAAGCUGACGCUGACGUUUCGGGAUCCCCUGAGCGUGAUACCCGCCGAUAUCACGGCGCGCGUGUCCCAGACGCUGCAGAAGGUGGGCAUCUCCCGCACCAUCAAGUGGACCCGGUCGCCAUGCAUGAUCGACCGCACCCUGCGCUUAGAUCCCGCCCUCUCCGGGCCGGUGGUCAUGUUCCCAUCGCCGGAAGUAGUGGCGCCGUUCGACCGACCACAAGUGACCGACAAGGCGAACGGCACCGACACAACCCACCAGCAGGGCAAUGCGCCGCAGAAGACCGACGGGGCGCUCGAAACAUCCGUGCAGCACAGUACCAUCCUGCCUCAAGGAACCGAGCAAAGUCAGUACACCGACAAGCCGCGGGAGAUCGGCAGGCCACAGCAAGCCGAGGAGCAACACGUGACCAUCCUGCCUCAAGGAACCGAGCAAAGUCAGUACCCCGACAAGCCGCGGGAGAUCGGCAGGCCACAGCAAGCCGAGGAGCAACACGUGACCAUCCUGCCUCAAGGAACCGAGCAAAGUCAGUACCCCGACAAGCCGCGGGAGAUCGGCAGGCCACAGCAAGCCGAGGAGCAACACGUGACCAUCCUGCCUCAAGGAACCGAGCAAAGUCAGUACCCCGACAAGCCGCGGGAGAUCGGCAGGCCACAGCAAGCCGAGGAGCAACACGUGACCAUCCUGCCUCAAGGAACCGAGCAAAGUCAGUACCCCGACAAGCCGCGGGAAAUCGGCAGGCCACAGGAAGCCGAGCUGGUGCCGACAGAAGCCGUGUCAAAGGCACCGCUGGUUCACAUUGCGACAACACCUUGGAUUCCUUACACGAACGACGAGGAGUCAUGGUGAAGGAACGGAAGAGCUUUCGUUGUGGCGGGCUCAGCGUCAAAGGGUUAUCUAACUAGACACCACUGGCCUUCAGCUAUUGCACGAGCUCGAGUUUCGAUGCACCUGACAAUCGAUGGCAGAUGCUUUGCAUGUCAAACAAAGAAAAUCUGCUGCCGGCGCCAGCGAAUUUAAAUAUAGCAAUCGCUCAACCCUGCCGAAUAUUCGUGAGUUUGUCG